AUGAGUGUGACAUUGCACACGUCGUUGGGCGAUAUCAAGAUUGAAGUGUUUUGCGAAGCUGUACCACGCGCAUCCGAAAACUUCCUAGCUCAUUGUGCAGCAGGCACAUUCGAUCAUGUGAAAUGGCACAGGAAUAUGAAAGGCUUUAUGAUUCAGGUAAGUCUAGGCACACUGACAUAUCAGACGGGUGAUCCUACCGGUACUGGCAAAGGCGGGCAGUCGAUCUGGGGCGAGCCGUUUGAGGACGAAAUCCGAGCUACAUUUAAGUUUAAUGCGCGUGGGAUCGUUGCUAUGGCCAACAGCGGGCCCAAUACCAACAAAUCACAGUUUUUCAUUACCUACAGCAAGCAGCCCCACUUGGAUGGCAAGUAUACCAUCUUUGGCAAAGUGAUUGAUGGGGCGGAGCUUGGGGGCACGCUGGAAGUGAUGGAAAAAGUACCUGUGGAUGCCAAGCACCGCCCUCUAGACGAGAUCCGCAUGGAAGGUGUUACGAUUCAUGCGAAUCCCAUUGCCCAAAAGGCCGCUCAGACAUCCUAG